AGCGCUGUCGUCAGUGAGCACUUCACUAGCACGCGGUGUUUUGCGGCGCAGUUUGUCUGUGGUCUUCUGAGUUUGUGUUGGAGGAUUUUCCAGCGACGCACGAAUCGACGCAGCUGUAUGGAGGACUCCACUUGCUUCACAUGUAUGCUGGAUGACAGUGACAGCAUGGCGCGAAACGAUCCAGAAGACGAGGUGCAAGCUGCAAUUUUUUUGCGUUUUGCGUUUUGUGCUUGAUGCAUCAAAACUAGCCAGGCUGCUGCGUGAAGUCGCCUGGAUUAGUAGUGUAGAUGUCGGUUCUGAUUUCAUCAGUGAUGAAGAUGAAGACUUCAGCCCUGGUGACUUGGAAGUGAGGAAAAGGGCGUCCCCCGUGCGGCUAUGCAAGUAUAAAUACAAGUGCUCCCUGUGUCCAAAGGUAUUUGGCACAGCCCGAGACAUGGGCAUCCAUGUGCGCCGACACGAGGGUGUCAAGCCAUACACCUGCAAGGACUGCAACAAGGCCUUCUGCACUCCUUUCGAGCUGGACCAACAUGUCCGCACACACACAGGCGAGCGUCCUUUCAAGUGUCCAACAUGUGCAUGUGCGUUCGCCACAUUGUCCACAUUGCUCCGACAUAGCAACACACACCGCCGGUCCAACUCUGUGAUGUACCGUUGCAGCGUAUGCCCCUCGCUUUUCCGGUAUGCUGUCACUUGUGCUGCACACGAACGAACUCAUCGAGCUGACUGCACACACCGUUGCAAAACGUGCAACAGAGUCUUCCCGCGGGCAUUUAAUCUGAAGCGCCACAUGAGGCUGCACGACAGCGAUGAGCCUCACGUCUGUAACAUGUGCGAUCGCUCCUUCUACAAAAAGGAACAUCUCAACAUGCACUUGCAGAGCUGUGGUAAGUUUCGUAAAUGUGAAACCUGCGGGAAGGGAUUUCUAGAAGAGGCUCAGUUGGAAACGCACAUUGCCAGCCAGCAUGACUUGGCUACUGAGUCGUUGGAAGAAGCCCGACUGGGUGACUUAUUGUUUGAGCAGGCACCUGCUGAUGACGAGUCAAGUAGCGAGGAUGGUAGUGGUUCGAAUGACCUGCUCAGCGCUGACCAAAUGACAACAAACUCAGGAUGGAGUGUUCGCCUGAGAGUGCGGGGCAAAACAAAUGCCCCUAAGGCUCCUGCGAGACGUCAUCAACAUGACCUCAGGUAUGGUAUAGUGCCUUCCCAAAACCUGCAGUGUAGCAGCACAAGGUCACUACCACAAAAGCAGGUCACUGGGGAAUGUGGGACGGAUGAGGCAAGCAAGAGCCCUGGCAAAGCUGCAGAUGGAACACAAGAUACAAGCAUUCCUAUCUAUCAGUGCCCGAGCUGUAACUGAUCGGUUUAAAGAGUGGGCCGCCUUGAAAGCCCAUGCAGCCGUUCGACACGAGCUCGUUCUCUCGUCGUCAUCGUUCCAGUUUGCGUGCCACAUCUGUGAUAAAACCUUCAGGCAGAACAGCAACUUGAAAACCCAUUUGAAAUCGCAUGAUCGGGUGGUCCAGUUUGAGUGCGAUAUCUGUGGCAUGGGCUUCACUUUGAAGCACCACUACAGACGGCACAGAAGUAACAUACACUACAAAGACUGAGUGCAACAACAGCCCAUUUAAAAUGCAAGGUUAUUCUUAGCAAUGUCAAUUUUUAUGAAGACUUGUCUACCAAAAUUAAAAUUUGAGCUUUUUGUGUCACUGCUACACUGUGAUACAGGUUCUUCUUACUGCUUUGUCUUUCCUGAUCUGAGCCUCAAAGAGUCUUAUUAAUAAGGACAAAGCCGUCCGCUUCACAAACAACACACAAACGUUUAAUCAAGAAUUAAAGGCAAAAAACCAACACAAACUACAAGAAAAUCAAUACUUGAAUAAAAGUUAGCUUUAAAAGGAAAAAAAACAUCUAACGUCCCCAAAAUUUAGGCUCAAAGGCAAAGCUGCAUGACACAGACUGUCUCCGACGCGGCGAUUCGGCAUAGCAGGAAAGAUCGCAAGCUCUGUCUCGCCAAAAUGUUGCGGCUUCUGUGGUAAUGUUAACAGAUGCUUCCUGGUAGAGGUGAUAGAACAGGGUUUGCUCGGAAUGCAUUUGGCGAUCCAGAUUCGUCCGAUGAGGCGGCCGGUGCAAGGCUCAAGCCCGUGGCCCAACUGCCGUUGCUACACCUGCACCGGAAUCUGCAGACUUUGGUCUCAAACACCGUGGCAGCCUGCACUCCCUCGAAGGCUCUGUCCGGAGGCCCAAGCCAGGUGAAGUCCAGAAGGCUCGGGUUCAUCACCUGACUGCCCAUCUUCAGCUCCCAGCCACGGCCUUCUUCUCGCCUUGUUGACCUCGAACUGCCAGCUCUCUUGCCCUUCAGGUUUUGCUUACCCUGAGGCACACUUGUCUCAUCCCGAUUAGCUUUUUAGAACUGCGUCGUGAUGAGCUUCUGGCUCUUGUUUUUUUCAUGAUUUUAAUGCUUGUGCUCUGCGCUCUCACACCCACUAGUCCUCGACGUCGUCGUUGCUGUUUAGGUGACGCAGUGCUGUCAGCCUUUUUUUAGUUUCGGGCACUUUUGAAACAUUCAUGUAACGCCCAUAACUCUCAUCACACAGGCCAAUUAGUAACUAUAUUUUAUAUAAGAACAUGCAGUGUUUGGAUGUCUUUUAGAUUCUUGGUUGACUUGAAAUAAGUGUCACAGUGUAUAUAAAUAUAUAUAUAUAUAUGUUUGUUGAAAGCAAGAUGUUUUCUCUGCAUAGAGUUGCAUGGUAAAUGAACAUAUGACAAUAAUUAUGCAUGAGAAGUGCAUGCAAUAAACAAUGGGUGUUCUGAACCCAUUUGAACAAAAACUUGGAAGUUGCUCGAGUUGAACACGACAGCCUAACCGGGCCUCCCGCACGUAUCACCAUCUCAAGUGCUAGCCUGGCAUCGGUCCUCGGUGCAUGCCUCAACCGUGCCAUAAGGAAACAAAUGCCUUUGUGUGUGACAUUGGCCAUUUUACAUUAUCCUAGAAUGUCCACUGCAAGCACAGCUACUAAGUGCCCACUAUGUCAUAAUAAUCCUUUUGUGAAUCAGCAAGGGUCUCGCUGCACGCUCAUAAAACAACACGCGAACCUGCUCAGCUGUUUACUGUGUUCAUGGUUCUGCGAAUGAAGAUGAUUAAAAAUUCGGCACAGAAGUAAGAAUGAAGACAAAGAUAGAAAAAAGUGAUAUGGACAAGUGCACUUCGUCGUUCGUCUUCAUCCUUCUGUGCCCACGAAUUGCAUCCCAGCUAUGCACCAACUAAGCCGACUGCAGACGUUAUUGAUGAUUGAAUAUGUCUGAGUGCUUUGUAGUGGGUGUGCCUGUAAAACAUCCACUUGUUGCACAGUUGACAUGUUUUGAUGCUUGGUGCACUCCUGCCAUGCAAUAUUGAAUGCAUUAAGGAGACUCGUUCCGCUGCAUGACAUUCAUACAUUAGCGUUUCUUUUUCAAAGCAGCUUUAAGCAAGCAUGACUCUGUGGUAGAACAUCUGCUUGCCACACAGACAGGCUGGCAUGAAUUCACACUUGAACGGGAGAUUUUUAUUAAGUAUUUUUAUUUGCAUCUUGACUUUUAUAUUGCAUCAAGAUGAUGUUUCACUGACAACCAUGGACACUGACACCGCAAUUUCUGCAAAACAAGCUCUUUAAUGCUACUGUGUUAAGAUUUUGUAUAUGGAACAAUCAUGAGUGAGACAUGUCAAGCUGGAAUUUCAGUUGUAAAUGCUCAAAGUACUACUCUUUUUGUGUAAACUUUUUCAAGUGAGUUUAGAACAUCCAUCGUUGCUUUACUUAUUGCCGUGUAUUUCUUGGCAAAUCAAAGACAUUUUGACCAUUUCCGUCAAUGUAUUCGCUCAUCCACUGACAUCUUGGUUCCCUCCUGGUCACCUAGCAUAGGAGGAUUCAUGUGAUUGACUAGUGAGGAUGAGAAUGAUAUGACAUGCUUGUCUGCAUGCAUUAUGAAAUGUUUUUCUUUUGUUUAUAUUGGCUGUUCUGUUCACAUCUACGAGUGAUAUAAUCUGUAUCAACUAAGAAACAACAAAUUUAGACACUGAAAAUUAAAAAAAAAAAUUUGCAUGGGUUAUAGAAAGAUGCUUUUCUUUGUUAUAGUUGGCAAUUUUGUUGUGGUGGACAUUGCUUAAAAAUAUGCUGCAAUGACUGUUGACCAGCUAACGCAUGGUACAGAUCGUGAGUCAAUGUAUUACACUACCCGUGUUGUCUAUCUUCAGUUGUGGUGGUGGUGGUGCUUGUGUUUAAUUUGUGGUAGCAAUAGUGGCUAACUGCUUUAUAAGUUUAAUUAUGUAGUAGUGUCCUUAUUGUAACAUGAAUGGCAUUGCCUUCUGCAUAGGCUACCAUUUAGGUGCCAGUGCAAUUGAUGUGCUUGAUAUGCGCACAAUAUGGGAACAGCUAUGCAAUUUUAUGCAACAACUAUGCAAUUUAUUUUCAUUUUGUCUGCAUCUCAGUUUUCUGCCAUUGAAUUUUUUUAAUAAUCGAGCAUUUUACUUUUUAACAAUCUGUUUUGUAUCCAGUGGCUGAUUCAGAGGGGGGUGGUUGUAGGGGUGAUCCUCACUUCAAAGUCUGCGUCAGCUCCUCCCCCCUCACUUCAGUGCUCGUAGUCCACCUCCUAUCACCAAUUAGGACAAAGGAGUGAUAGCACUGUGAGCACACAUUAACAGUAUUUAUUCUUUGAAGGCGUUUUUUCUGCCAGCAAAAACAAAGUCAUGACCACGGCGCCCCUUUUCAGUGUUAGUUCAAACGACCGCCCCCUGAACCAAGUGGGUGGAACUGCCCCUGUACCUUUUGUCACUGUGUUGAAAAAUUUUUUCUUUGCAUUUUUCUUUUGUGUCCCUCAUACAUCACUCACAUUUAUGUCUAAUACACUGGGCUGUGCCAGUGAUGCCAAGUGAUAACAUGGGACCAGGCUUUGUCAAGCUGCUAGGAAGCAGCUUUCUCCCACCACCCCUUCUCUCUUCUUGAAAUGAAUAAAAUUUUUAUUGUUUUAUUGAACAUCCAGAAAAUCGAAAUAAAGUGUGGUGGUUCAGAAAAAGCA